GCAGUGUGAAGAAGAGGAGGCGAGAAUGACCCCCAGACCGACCAAAACUCGUGCGUCGCUGCAUCCCUGCAUCCAGCGCCUACGUCCUGCUGCAGUUGCCACCAUGCCCAAGAGAAAGGCUGAAGGAGAAGCCAAAGGAGAUAAAGUCAAGGGAAAGGACGAACCACAGAGAAGAGCCACAAAGUUGUCUGCUAAACCUGCUCCUCCAAAGCCAGAGCCCAAGCCUAAAAAGACCCCUGCAAAGAAAGGAGUGAAGGUCCCCAAAGGGAAGAAGGGAAAAGCUGACGCUGGCAAGGAGGGGAACAACCCUGCAGAAAACGGAGAUGCCAAAACAGACCAGGCACAGAAAGCUGCAGGUGCUGGAUGCCAAGGGAAGUGUGUGCAUUUGUGAUAACUGUACUUCCGGUGACUGUACAGUUUGAAAUACUACUUUUUAUCAAGUUUAAUAAAAAUACAGAAUUUUGUUUUACUUUUUUUUUUUAAGCUAUGUUGUUAACACAGAGAACACUUCAUUGUUUUGGGGGAAAGGAGCAUAUGUCACUAAUAGAAUGUCUCCAAAGUUAGACUGGUAUGAGGGAAAAU